CUGCUCCCCAGGUUACCUGUAACCGGAAACGAAAGUACGUAUCUACCUGAGUGAAUGUCAAUAUUUUGAAAUUUCGUUUUUAUGUAAAAGUUUGGAAGUACUAGUGUUUGGAGAUAAACUUUUAUAUUAUUAUAUGAAUAUCCCUACCUGGGAACGGAUCUGUAUUAUGCUGAUGUGCAAGGAUGAGUUACAACCAUAUGCUUUACUCUAAAGUAAGAGAGUAUCUUAUAACAUCGACUGAUGCCCGGCUCUAUGGCAGCAACUCUUCGAUUGGUGCAGCACCAACUUUCUGGAUGUUUACGCUACCUCAAGCACCAGAAAACAGUUAUGAUGAGGUGUACCCUGGUGUAUACAUGGGAGACAUGAAAUGUGUGAGGGACAAGGAACAUCUAAAGAAGUUAGGGAUCACACAUAUUGUCAACUGCUCUCAGGGAAAAACACCAAGGGAGACAAAUACAGAUUCAGGGUUUUAUCGAGAUGCAGGUAUUAAGUUUCAUGGUAUCAAGGCAUUAGACACUACCACAUUUAACAUGAUGCCAUUUUUCCUGCCAGCAGCUGAAUUUAUUUACAAGGCUUUGAAAGGAGGAGGAAAGGUGUUUAUCCACUGUUAUAAAGGUGUAAGCCGCUCGGCCACUAUAUUUUUAGCCUACCUCAUGAUUAAAUGUAACGUGAACCUACUUGAAGGUGCCAAACUGGUACGAGCUCGGAGAAAAGUUCAUCCUAACGACGGAUUUGUUCGACAGCUUUGUAUCCUAAAUCGUGACCUGUUUGAGCCAAAGUCAGAUUGAUGUUAUAUGUAAAUAUGCCAUAAUACAGUCAAGAUCUCCACAUUUCUGACCUGUUUAAACCAAAUCCAGAUUGAUGAUAUAUAUAACAUGCCAUAAUACAUUCAAGAUCUCCACAUUUCUGCUGAUUGUGUUUUAACAUUAUAAAGUCCUAAUUUUCUUUUAUAGAAUCAGAGAACUUUUUUUUCCCAUAAAACUUACAAGUUACAGCAGUGCUUUUUUUAAAGUGUUGAUAGAAAUCCAGUGUAUACUACUUACUCCUCAAUGUUUUCAUUUGGAAAUUUAUAAUGCAUAAUUAUAUUUACAUGCUAGUUUAAACCCCCCAAAAAAUCUAUGACAUUAAACAUAGUUUAUUUUGAGGAAAAAAAUCAUUAAAAAAGAAGAGAAAUUGUCAUUUUAGGUGAUAUAUAAUGACCUGUUCUGAAUGAAUUUUUUUUGCUGUCUAUAUGAUUGAUAUAUUUGAGUGCCAAUUUGGACUUGAGAUUCUCGUUAACCAGAAUCUGAUAUGCAGAAACAUUUUUUGUAAGCUUCAUGUUUUUGGAAAGUAAAACUUACUUGCUCUCUUUUGUUUUAUAAUUAUAUAUAAUUUUUUAUUUCUAUGUUAAGUUAAACUAUAUUAACCAUCAAAUCAUUGUUUUUCUAAUAUAUGUCUCUAUUGAACUUCUAUGAUGUUACAUCAGCCUUUCUGUAGAAUCAUCUAGAAUUUAGAUAAUGUAAUAUUGCUAUUUUGAUAUGUAUGUACUUUUAAUAAUGAUCUACAUAAUAUGUUUUUAUAAGUUUAUAUGUUUUUAAAGUAAAUAGUAAUUCACUUAGUUAUAACAAACCAGUGAUAAUAAAUGUAUACAAAGAAAACACACAAAUAUAUGAUAAGUUCACAUCAAUAGUAAUAAAUGCAAAGUUUACAUCAUUGAUAAUAAAUGUAGACAUUCUAUACACACACAUUAUUACAGAUUUAACAUAUAAUACAUGUACAUGACAAUAAUAUUGAUUAUAUAUAAAGAGCACGCACAAUAAGACACACCAAUACACCAGUUAUGAUAAAUAACACACAUACACUGUAAUGGUAAUAAUAUAACAUAACCUUAAUUGAUAACAAAUAUGAAUAGACUUGAUUGAUUACAAAUUUAUAGACACUUAAUGGAUAAUAAAUGUAGAUAUAUUCAAUUCAUAAUAAAUCUAGCAUAGAUAUACCCUUAAUUGAUAAUAAAUUUAACAUAGAAUACACUUAAUUGAUGAUAAAUGUAAUAUAGGAUUCACUUAAUUGAUAACAGAUGUGAGUACACUUACUUGGUAAUAAAUGUGGAUAUACUUAAUUGAUUAUAAAUGUAAUAUAGGACACACUUUAUUGAUAACAAAUGUGGAUAUACUUAUUGAUAAUUAAUGUAACAUAAGAUACACUUAAUUGAUAACAAAUGUGGAUAUACUUAAUUGAUUAUAAAUGUAACAUAGGAUACACUUAAUUGAUAACAAAUGUGGAUAUACUUAAUUGAUUAUAAAUGUAACAUAGGAUACACUUAAUUGAUAACAAAUGUGGAUAUACUUAAUUGAUUAUAAAUGUAACAUAGGAUACACUUAAUUAAU